GGAAUCCUCUUUUAUAAGCAAAUAGUAAUAUGAUAUUGGAAUUUGUCCUAUGAAAGUGAAUCUUUCUUUGCUUGAGUGAAAAUGGCGAACCUAGCUGUGUACCUAUGCCUUGCACACGCUCUUAUUUUCUUCGCUGUUGAAUGCACAGAUCGUGUUUACUACAUCGCAGCAGUUAACGUGGAUUGGGACUACGCGCCAACAGGAAAAAACCUCAAAAAUGGACUGUUGUUGGACAAAGAUGAGGAUGCUUCGGUUUUCACCAAGAAUGGAACAAACAGAAUUGGCCGAGUUUACAGAAAAACAGUUUAUCGUGAGUUUACCGAUGACAAAUAUGUUACCCAAAAGCCCCACAGAAAAGACCUUGGAAUUCUUGGUCCCAUUGUAAGGGGAGAAGUCGGUGAUGCAAUUAUUAUUCACUUCAAGAACAUGGGUAACAGGCCCUAUACAAUGCAUCCUCACGGGGUGUUCUAUGAAAAGUCUUCAGAAGGGGCCAAGUAUUUGGACAAUACUAGUGGAGAUGACAAAAAAGACGAUGGUGUUCCCCCCGGUAAAACUCACACAUACAAAUGGCUUGUUAGGGAAGAAGAUUCCCCCAAGGAGGGUGACGAGCCUUGCAUUGCAUGGCCUUACCACUCACAUGAAACGCCAACUAGUGAUAUCAAUACAGGUCUUGUAGGAAUGCUUCUCACAUGCAAAAAAGGUUCUUUGGACGCUAGUGACAAAAGAAAAGACGUGGAAAAGGAAAUAUUCCUGUUGUUCAAUGUCUUUGACGAAAAUAAAAGCUGGUUUCUUGACGAGAAUAUUCAAAAAAGAACAAGCAGCCCGAAAAGCGUCAACAAGGAGGACGAUGGGUUCAAGGAGAGCAACCUGUUGCAUACCAUAAAUGGACUGUUCUACGGCAAUUUGAUGGGUUUGGAGUUUUGCCUUGCUGAUAAAGUGGCUUUGCACAUGGCUGUGUUGGGAAAUGAAGUGGACAUGCACACUAUGACAUACUCUGGCAACAUGAUCUUGUUCGAUCGACAUCGCACUGAUAGCGCCUCACUGUUCCCCGCACAAACUGCAACGGCGGUGAUGGACGUAAAAAAUCCAGGUCAUUGGUUACUUUCUUGCCAAAUUGCUGAUCAUCUCUCUGGUGGAAUGUUUGCCUUUUAUAAUGCAAAACAGUGUAACAGUAAGCCUGUCACUCCAACAGUCACUGGAACAACAAGAGAAUACUUCAUUACUGCGGAGGAGGUUGAAUGGGAUUAUGGGCCUUCAGGAAUGAACCGUUAUGAUGGAGGGGCUCUCAACAAAGCCGAGAGCCCGUCAGCAACAUUUUUUACAAGAGGCACAAACAGAAUCGGUGGCAAAUACAUGAAAGCUUUGUUCUUCGGGUAUACUGAUGCAACAUUCACUACGAAAAAGGCAAAGGACAAGGACCUCGGAAUCUUAGGGCCUGUUAUCAGAGCAGAGGUCGGAGAUAAGAUACGAGUCACUUUUAAGAAUAUGGCCAGUCGGAACUAUUCAAUUCAUCCACGUGGUGUUAUGUACGACAAGAAGAACGAGGGAUCGCUGUACAACGACAACACAACCCUGAACUCAGAUGACCAGGUCUCCCCUAAUGCUACGUACAUUUACGAAUGGUUUGUGCCUGCGUCAGUAGCACCAACCUCGAAUGACUGGCCCUGUAUCUCAUGGCUUUACACUUCUGGCGUUGACUCAAUUAAAGAUACGUAUUCAGGACUGCUUGGACCAAUGGUGAUAUGCAAGGAUGGCAUGUUGGAGAAAGGUCUCCCAAAGGGCUAUGCAGCUGAGAAAUUCAUUUUGAUGGCUGUAAUGGAUGAAAAUAAAUCGUGGUAUUUGGACCAAAAUAUGGCAAAAUAUUGCACAACACCAAAAUGUGGUGGUGUCAGCAAAGAAGACGAGGAUUUCAUGGAAAGCAAUAAAAUGCAUCAAAUCAAUGGGUUCAUGUACGGAAAUCUCCAAGGGCUCGACGUUUGCAAAGACUCAAAGGUGCUCUGGCAUGCCAACGUCAUAGGAACAGAAGUCGACAUGCAUGGCAUUUAUUUCCAUGGAAAUUCAUUCAGCAGUGAUAUGGAAAUCCACAAAGACUCGCUUCCCCUUUUUCCAGGGGAAGGAACCACCUUUAGUAUGCAUCCACUGAACGAGGGAACUUGGGGCCUCGUAUGCAGGGUGAAUGAUCAUUUUAAUGCUGGCAUGAAAGUGACGUAUACUGUAAAGAAGUGUGGGUCGACCAAAAGCGAAAAAACUUCAGGAACGAUAAGAACGUUUUUCAUUGGGAUUGUCGAGAAGGAAUGGGACUAUGCUACGAGCAAUAAAAGUUUUCUCAGCGGGAAAGAACUAGAUAAGGACGAACAUGCAAAAGUAUUUACAUUACGAGGUGAUACCAGGAUAGGAAAAAUCUACAAGAAGGCAAUGUACAAAGAAUAUACGGAUAACACUUUCACGGAGGAAAAGCAAAGAGAUGUGAAGGAUCAGCAUCUUGGAAUUUUAGGCCCAUAUAUCAGAGCCGAAGAAGGUGACCAGAUCGACAUUGUCUUGAAAAACAUGGGAACGAGGAAUUAUUCAAUACAGCCCCACGGAGUAUCAUACAGCAAAGAAUUUGAGGGUGCUGUCUAUCUGGAUAACACUACAAAGCAGCAUGGCAAAGCAGUGGCCCCCGGCAAAACGUUUAUUUACAAUUGGUUUGUUCCGAAGAGAUCUUCCCCCGGUAUUAAAGAUAGUGCCUGCAUCACGUGGUCCUAUUUCUCUUCAGUUGACGCCGUGAAAGACACGAAUUCUGGUUUGGUUGGCCCUCUGAUUAUAUGUAGAAAGGGAACACUUGACAGCAAUGGAAGACGAAAGGAUGUCAACAAAGAAUUUGCCCUCCUUUUCACAGUUCUUGAUGAAAACGAGAGUUGGUUUCUUGAUGAAAAUAUAAACAAGUAUGCAAACAAAGCUAAAGUUGUUAAGAGUGACGAUGGUUUCAAAGAAAGUAAUAAAAUGCAUGUAGUAAACGGUUUUAUUUACGGCAAUGGUCCAAACAAUGGAAACUUUCUGGUCAUGAAGAAAGGCGAAAAAGUUGCUUGGUACCUGAUGGGUGUUGGAAAUGAAGUCGAUGUUCACACGGUGCAUUUCCAUGCAAACAACUUUGUACACAGGACAAGCAGCACUCACUUGGACGAUGUUUAUGAUGUUUUUCCCGGCGUCUUUGAAACGUUAGAAAUGACACCUACAAACCCAGGCACGUGGUUACUUCACUGUCACGUGCAUGAUCACUUAGAAGGUGGAAUGGAAACGAGGUACACGGUUUCUUCGGACUCUGGCGGCAAGAUAAACAAUGCGGCAAGUUAUAAGGAACUGAAUUCUGUAUUCAGUCUAGUAAUGUUGAUCAUUGCAUGUAUUAUGUCUACAUAGAGUACUAGGCUUCAAACAUCUUAUGACAUCAAGACACUUAAGAAAAUUUUUACCCUUAUUAAACGAUCAUUUUUCGAUCGGUAAUUCCCUUUUUUCAUUUAUCAAAUUAGAAAUAGAAGAGUUUCAGGGUGGAUCAAUCAUAAUGGAUCUAUUUGUUUUUAGGAAAAAUUAGUAAAAGAUAUCCCUAACGCUAUAAUUAGAUGUUUGUUAUUGACAUGACGUCAGCGGGGCGUGUUUUUUGCUGUAAAUUGACCAAUUUAACGUGAUAUCAAUAUUUGAUUUCAAUAUUUGAAGUUAGUAAGUGUACCCGAGGAGCGGCUGUUAAACAUUUCAAGUUCGUUAGACACUUUAACCUCACAAUAAGCUAAAGAUUCAAGAAAUUUCGGGUCACUUUCCUUCCUUGAUAUGUCAAUAAAUCCUUCUGGAUUUCUGUAGCCAAAAUUUAUGGAAAGUUUAUUUAUCUUCAAGAGCAGCCCGGCCAAAUGUAUUGAAUAAAAAUUUUGCAAAAAUAAUGAGAUGUUAUUUAGUUAUUGAAAAAUUUCCUAUCUUAUCUUAUAAAUAUUUUUAGACUCUCACUGUGAAUAGUGAUACAUCAUAGCAGUGUAUAUUACCUUGAUAACCUUAUAUUCUAUUUUGUGCUGGCAAAGAUGUGACCAGUUGUUUCACUGAUAUUAAAUAAUGAUGCAAAACCCUGCAUGUUUUCUUCGUUUAUCGCCUCGGUAGUUUUUUCGAUUUUUAGUAUUAUUCCUAAAAUAUAAGUUCGACAAAUUAACAGUUUAUUAUUGAGGAAAAUGCUUAGAAAA